GGGGGCGAAAGGUGAACUUUGAGACGGGCUGGUAUCGGGGUAAGCUCUACAUUAGCGAAUUACUCGCGCGCGCGCGCGCGCACGCCCGCGGGUCCCUCAACGGUGAACGAUAAAUACACCGAGGGGCAAUCCGGAAAUAUUGUUCGAAGGAUUCCGUAAAAAUCCGUAAAGAAAAAUUUCGUGAACCACCCGCGUCCCGAGGGGGGAAGAACUGGGACGCUAGGCACGGCUAACGCUACGACACGAGGUAUUGUAUGAAUAUUCCUAGGAUAUUUCAGAUAUCGUACGAAUAUUCAACAAUAUCACAUCAUGAUAUCGCACGUAUAUUUGUACGAUAUCACGAUAUUUGUUUGAUAUCACGUGCUAUUAGGGAAGUUCACGAGACUCUCGAAGACACGCUCGAGGAUCGGUUCCGAGUUCUCGCUCGCGUUCAAGGACAAGCGCGGGUCUCGAGGAGGAUUUCUCACGAUUACGACAUUCGCAUAUACACUUACUUGUUUCAUUCUCUCUUUAUGCGUUCUCGGCUCUCGAAUACGAGAUUGCGCGCGGCGGUUGAGGAUUACUCCAGAUUACUCGCGAUCGGAAUUCGCGAUUUCGAGAUACAUACGUGUAUGAAACCGCGUACGCGGCGCCCUCGUUAGGAACGUCGGUGACACUAAUCCCGGUCGUUUCGGGAGGAAAAGCGAAUGGUGGCGCCAUCUAGCGGCGAGCCGGGUACAAACCUCUAACUUUACGUCACUCCGGUUGCUCCGUGCCGCGAAGUGAUAAUCCUAACCUCCAACGGUCUCCACGGAGAGCAAAAGUGUCCGAGAACCUCGUCGCGAAUGACGGGUAUGACAGAUGGCAAUCACUGCGCAUAUUUCGUCGAGCGCAAGAAGCGGUUCUGUCGUAUGACAGUGCGGGAAGGCCGGCGGUACUGCGGCGAGCACCAGCGCGACGCCGCCGACGCCGGGGACGAGAGAGUGCCGUGUCCAUUGGAUCCCACGCACACGUGCUACCGAUCAAGGUUGACGAAACACCUGGGCGUGUGCAACGUCAAGCAAAAGCUGGACGCACGGCCCGCGUUUGUGGUCGAGGGAGCCAACUUGGACGGUGAGACUAUCGCGGCGCCGCCGCGCGUGCCUCUGUCGCAGCUCGACGAGUCCGUCGUCGGAACGGUGAUAAGGAAGAUUCAUGCCGCCUACGAAGAGUUGCCAGAGUUUUCCCAAACAAUUCUGAAGCACGAUGUGCUCCAAGACAAAUUGAACGAUGAAACCUGUGGUAGUAAUAUUAGAAAGCACUUGCUCCAAAAUGCAUCCCUGCUGGGACAUCUGGAGCAAGCUGGCCUCCUGCAAGAUGACACUUGCUUCAUCGAAUUUGGAGCUGGGAAAGCUCAAUUAACAUAUUGGCUGGGGCAGAUUGUAAAGAACAAAUCCAACUCUUGCAUUUUACUAGUCGACCGUUCCAGUCACCGUCAUAAAAAUGACAAUAAACUUAAGAGAGAAGAGAGUUGUCUUGCGAUAAAAAGAAUACGCGCCGACAUCGCUGAUCUGCAGCUAAAUCAAAUCAUGGAAAUCCAGCCAAUCAAGCACAAGGUUGGCAUAGCGAAGCACCUCUGCGGCGCGGCCACUGACUUAACGAUACGUUGCUUGACGAAGUCGAUGGACAGCGAACCCAAAGUCGACGUGCGCGGUCUAAUCGUCGCUUUUUGCUGUCACCACAAAUGCGAGUACACGUCGUACGUGGGCCGGGAAUACUUACAACGAUGCGGCUUCACCGCGGACGAAUUCCCCGUUCUAUGCAGCAUCGUCAGUUGGGCGACCUGCGGCUUGCGUUUGAAGAGCGACGCUCACUCGCCGUAUGAUCCCACGACCACCAACCGGUCCCCGAAAUUGGACGAGCGCGAAGUUAUUGGACGCAAGGCUAAAACGCUGUUGAAUUGGGGUCGCUUGAUCUUUUUGGAGAGCGUUGGAUUUCAAGCCGAGCUGCUUUACUAUACUUCCACGGACGUCUCGUUAGAAAACAUGUGCGUGGUAGCCACGCGAGAACGUUCAUCGUGACUGGAAUAUGUUGCAUUUAUCACCAAUCUAAUCUAGUACGUUCGAUGCGUACGCGGCUCGACUUGCUGCUUUUGUCGCCCAUCUUUCGCGGUACCGCUACGUCCCCGAGGGAAACUGGCACCGACGACGCGAAAAAAGGAAA